AACCCACCACUCCUGCAAAUUGCCCAUUUCCGUAAUCUCUCUCACCCUGCAACGCCAACUCCAUCACCAAUGAACGGAGACGCAACCCAUCUCCGUUCCAGGAACCGCCAGCACAUUAAUAAACGUAACGGCUUUUCUCAUUCCAACGGCGCCGUAAAAGAAUCCAAAGACGAUCACCGCUGCCACGACCACGACAACGUAAACCUGAUGAUCAAGAAGAAGUCCGGUAUGGAAAACGGUAAGAUAAAUUGUAGUGACAAAUGUGGGUUGUUUGAGAAGGCUUAUUUCAUGAGAUGGAAAGCGGAGGAUGUGUUGGGUGUGGUGCGGUACCACCCUAUACCGUGUGUAUUCGCAGCCUGCAUGUUGUUUUUCAUGGGAGUUGAGUAUACCCUUCGCAUGAUCCCGGCGUCUUCUCCGCCGUUUGAUCUGGGCUUCGUUGUUACCCUGCCCCUUAACCGUUUGCUUGCCUCUAGGCCUGGCCUCAACAAUUUUCUUGCUGGCCUCAACACGGUGUUUGUGGGGAUGCAAACGGCGUAUAUCCUCUGGACGUGGCUGGUGGAAGGGCGGCCUAGGGCUACGAUAUCGGCGUUGUUCAUGUUCACAUGCAGAGGCGUUCUCGGAUACGUUACUCAGCUACCUGUCCCUGAGGAUUUUUUGGGUUCUGGAGUGGAUUUCCCGGUGGGGAAUGUAUCGUUUUUCCUCUUCUACUCUGGGCAUGUUGCUGCAUCGGUGAUAGCAUCUGUAGACAUGAAGAGAAUGCAGAGAUGGGAAAUGGCGUGGGCAUUUGACGCACUUAACGUACUGCAAGUGGUGAGGUUGCUGAGCACCAGGGGUCAUUACACCAUUGACUUAGUUGUAGGCGUCGGCGCCGGGAUACUGUUUGAUUCUCUGGCCGGCAAGUACUUAGAAAAGCACACUGUAGGGAUUACUGCCAGUGGUGGUUAUAGUGCUCUCUAUGCCAUGUAAAGUCAUCAUUUGGAGCUGUAAAGGAAAUUACUAGUAAUAAUCAGGAAUCAAGAAUCCUUUUUUUUUUGGGUCAA